ACGGCUGAAUUUGGAAGCAGCAUUCAACGACUCUAAAACCCUCCCUCCGCUCCUGUCUUACGGCCAGAAAGGUUUCAGCUCUCUCUGAGAUAUCACAAUCUCCUCUCCUCCGUUGAAUUGCCCGCCGUUCAUGCUUCUCUCUUUCUCCUCCGUCACGGAUAAGAGAUUGAAGGCGGUGGAACAUACGACUUACAGUAUAACUCUAGUGACCGCAAUUUCAAGCUUUAAUUUCAUCUAUUUGGGAUAAGGAAUGGCUUCUAGAGCUAUUUUGAGAAGGAAGAAGAUUGUUUCUGACUAUGCGUAUUCCUCAAGUUGCUUGAUUCAAAGCUUCCAAUGUCUAGGGCGUCACCCUCAACCAUCUGUUUCACAUUUGCAUGCUUAUAACUCUACUCUGAACCGCUCCGUUGUAGAUUCUAGUCAUGUCAAAGAAGAAGGGAAAAAUCUGAUGACAUUGGUGGGGUAUUUGGCAAAACAGAACUUUGGUCAAAUACCUUAUGGAACCACACUUACGGGUUGUGGCAAAGUAAGAUUGGAAAGUUCUUCACCAAUGGGCAAAACAUUCAUGUCACUAUCUAUUCGUAAUGCCUCAACAGCUACUGCCAAGCAACCCGAUUUAGGCAGUGGUGAUGAGGAAAAUGAAGAAGCGGUUGCUAAGAAGAGAAAGGAAGCAUCUCCUGAAGAAUGUGAUCAAGCUGUUGAAGGUUUAAGCACUGCAAAAGCCAAAGCAAAAGCUAAACAUUUGCAAGAAUCUCAAAAGGGUGCUGAGUCCAUUAUGCAAAGGAUAUGGGCAACUUUUCUUGGAAUCGGCCCUGCCUUAAGAGCAGUAGCUUCUAUGAGCAGGGAAGAUUGGGCCAAAAAACUUGUUCAUUGGAAACAGGAAUUUGUGUCUACGUUGCACCAUUAUUGGUUGGGUUUUAAACUAUUAGGGGUUGAUGUGAGGAUCAGUUCCAGAUUACUUUUAAAACUUGCAGGUGGGAAGAGUCUUUCGAGAAGGGAAAGGCAACAGCUAACUCGAACUACAGCUGAUAUAUUUCGGCUAGUUCCUUUUGCUGUUUUUAUCAUUGUUCCAUUCAUGGAAUUUUUGUUGCCGGUAUUUCUGAAAUUAUUCCCCAAUAUGCUGCCAUCAACUUUCCAAGACAAGAUGAAAGAGCAGGAAGCGUUGAAAAGGAAACUAAAUGCAAGAAUACAGUAUGCCAAGUUUCUUCAAGAAACUGUCAAAGAAAUGGCAAAGGAAGUUCAAAACUCUCAAAGUGGUGAAAUUAAGAAAACUGCGAAAGAUCUUGACGAAUUUUUUAAUAGGUUUAGACGGGGAGGUGGUGUUUCUAAUGAGGAGAUUUUAGGCUUUGCUAAGUUGUUCAAUGAUGAACUUACUCUGGACAAUAUCAACAGGCCUCGGUUGGUGAAUAUGUGUAAAUAUAUGGGAAUCAGUCCUUUUGGAACAGAUGCAUACUUGCGUUUUAUGCUUCGGAAAAGGCUGCAAUGGAUUAAGCAAGAUGAUAAAUUAAUUCAAGCAGAGGGUGUGGAGUCACUUUCAGAAGCUGAACUCCGUGAAGAUUGCAGGGAGAGAGGUAUGUUGGGAUUGCGUUCAGUGGAGGAAAUGCGACAACAGCUUCGUGAUUGGUUGGAUUUGUCUCUCAAUCACUCUGUGUCGUCCUCCCUCUUGAUCCUAUCAAGGGCGUUCAUUGUUGCUGGGAAACUGAAGCCUGAGGAAGCCGUCAGUGCUACCCUGUCUUCUUUACCGGAUGAGGUUGUGGAUAGUGUCAGCAUUAUAUCUUUGCCAUCCGAAGAUUCUGUUUCGGAAAGAAAAAGGAAAUUGGAGUACCUUGAGAUGCAGGAAGAACUUAUCAAGGAAGAAGAAGAAAAAGAGGAAAAAGAGCUUUCCAGGGUAAAAGAAUCGAAAAUUGGUGAAGAGGAUGUGGCACUGAAAGAGAUGACUACUCCAACAACAAGAGAAGCGCAAGAACAAGCCAAAGAAAGAAUGUUGGAGAAGCAAGAGCAGCUCUGUGAACUCAGUCGUGCAUUGGCUAUUUUAGCAUCAGCAUCUUCAGUAAGUACGGAGCGCACAGAGUUCUUGAGGCUUGUCAAUAAGGAGAUAGAACUUUACAAUGGCAUGAUUGAGAAGGAGGGCACUGAUGGUAAAACGGAGGCAUUGAAGGCAUAUAUAGCUGCCCGAGAGGAAGAUGACCAUGCUGCUGAAGUUGCAGAACGUGAUACAGUUUCUUCAGCGCUUAGAGAAAAGGUUGACGGAAUGCUGACAAAUAUUGAGAAGGAAAUUGAUGAUGUUGAUGCAAAAAUAGGUGAUCGUUGGAGACUACUUGACAGGGAUUAUGACGGGAAAGUUACUUCUGAGGAGGUAGCAUCUGCUGCUAUGUACUUGAAGAAAUCAUUAGGCAAUGAAGGUGUUCAAGAACUCAUAAGCAAUCUUUCCAAAGAUAGAGAUGGAAAGAUUCUUGUUGAAGACAUAGUCAGAUUGGGUAGUCGGCUAGAUGAUGAUGUCCAUGCAGCCGAGGAAGGGAGUAUUUAGCCGGGCUUUCAAGAGCUAAGUUUGGACUCGCGCAAUUUCUAACAGUCAAUCUAAUGGACUCGUGGAGUUUUCUAAGACGAGGUUCAUCUUCUUUUAGGAUUAUACAGAAAUAUUUCUUUCGUUCUUCUAGCGUUCAGAAGAAACACACAGUUUUAGUUCUGUAAAUCUCAGUACUGAUAGCUUAUAAGAAAUAUAUGUACACAAAAAAAAGACGACUGUAAGCCUCAAUUUGGCUAGCGAUAUACUUCUGGUCUUUGAUACACAGUGAGCUUGCUAUAUGCUAAUUUUCAGCUCCAAAUUUGAAUAAGCGAAACGGUUAUAUGAAUAAUAUGAUGUGCAUUGCAGCUU